GCAAUAUUUUUAUUUCAUUAAAUAUAUUUUUCUCUUCCGAUCAUCAAAAUGGCAACCCUUAUCCAAUGUGCGGGAUGCCUCGAUAAAAUAAAGGACACGCCGUUCUUGCGCUGUUCCCGUUGCGAUGCCGUAUUUCACCACUCCUGCUUGAAUAUUUCCUUGAAGGAUUAUGCUGCCAUGACCAAUGAAAUCAAAGCUGUCUGGUUGUGCGUGUUAUGUUGUAGCAGGGACCGAAAGGGGGGCGACAAUUCUGACACACCAGUUCGAGUGGCGUCCACUCCGCAACACGGUUAUGUCACCCACCGUACCAAAACUCGCGUGGUCGACCAUAGCUCUUCUUGUGUGUCAGCUGAGGGGAUCCGUGACAUUAUUCGAGAGGAGCUACAGAACUUGUUUAAGAUGAGUUUCCUGCCCAAGCUAAUGGAAGUUCAGAACGCUGUGUCAACCUUGGAAUCUUCGCUAUCAUUCUUUAACGAAGAAUUGGAAAGGAUCAGAUCUGUGCAGGGUGCUCAAUCUGCAACAAUGAAACAAUUGGAGCGAGAAUGUGAAGAUCUCCGUGUGAACAAUCGCGGUCUUAUGGCCAAAGUUGCUUUUCUGGAUCAACAGUCGCGGUCCUCCAAUAUCGAGAUCCAGUGUGUUCCUGAGCACAAGCAGGAGAACUUAAUGAACAUCGUGCAACAGUUGGGAAGAACAAUAAAGUGUGCUAUCGGCGAGAAUAGUAUCCAACACUGUUCGAGAAUGGCUAAAUUAAACAGCACUAGUCCCCGUCCCCGGUCUAUACUCGUAAGAUUCAAUAGCCAACGCCUUCGUGACGAGUUCCUGGCAUGUACAACCAAGUUCAACAAAAGCAACCAGAAUGACAAACUGAAUACUAGUCACCUAGGUAUCGGUGGAAAUAAGAAA